UGAUGUUCUAUAGAGCUUCGAACCAAUUAUUGUGGAAAAUUGUUUGCUAGUGACAAGCUCUUUUCAAUAGUAAACAUCGCAAGUGUAAUCGAGUAUGUGAAUGACUUGAACUUUGUUGUGAUAAAGUGAAUUUUUUCAUUUCAACAUGAAGGCUAACGUGCUGAAAUCAUUCCAGAAAUCGAGAUAGCAUCAUGAUCUGCGUUCAGAUUCUAACCUACUCGUGACGAGAGCGGUUCGGGCUAGCCACAUAGCCGAAGUGUGAUGCGCACGGGAGAAGAAUACUCGGAACUGGCGGACCUGGGGAGCACCUACGGAGGACGGUAUGGCGGCAGCACCUGGUCCCGCAACACCCCCGGCAGGGGGGCAGGUAGAGGAGCGGUGGCCGCCGAGGCGGAGGACGUGCUGGGCCCGAACGGAACCCCCAGGGGCCCGGCGCGCAGCAGGAGCGGUCUCUACUACUCGCCCCCAGGCACGUCGUAUACCAUCGUGGAGAGGCCGUCGUCGGUGAUGCAGCACCAUACCUCCAGAGAGCGGGAGUUCAACGUGUUGGCCAGUCCCAGAGGGACCUACCUCGGAUCCAACCCAAAUUUUCCAACCACCCGAUCAUCAGGAAGAAGCAAUAACAAAAAACGUCCCAUAUCGCCCGAGCAAGUCCUGCGGCUGUUCGGAAACUCAGCCACCCCCCAAACCAACUCCAAACUUAAUCCAGAACGUCCCAGAAGAUCCCCAGCCAGCAGUCCUCCUUCUACCACUCACCAGGUCAACUAUAGAGCGCCUCAGGGACCCAGCAUCUACGAACUUACCACCAGGACUGUGAACAUGGUCAGAGAGCAGCAGGAUGCUCACGGAUUUGGGAUAUGUGUCAAGGGUGGCAAAGACGAAGGGGUUGGAGUUUAUAUAUCUAGGGUUGAAGAGGGCAGUGUUGCAGAAAGAGCAGGGUUAAGACCAGGUGAUUCCAUCUUGGAGGUGAAUGGAAAGCCAUUCACAGAAAUUUCACAUGAAGAAGCUCUCAAAAUGCUGAAAUCGUGUAAGACCCUCAGCAUGACUGUACGUUCACCUACGAUGCCUUCAGGACUCAGUGGUGGUGCACCUUGGCAGAUGAGACAGACGUGCUCUUGGAUGGACCGUCAUGGGAGACCAGUGUCUCCGCCACUGGAGUAUCGGAGAGGGGGACAGGUGCCCCCUCAACGUUACGGUUACGGACGGACGUCGAGCAAAGACAGGAGCGUUAGAAGGGUGGAUCUUUGUAUCGAACCUGGUCAAAGUUUGGGUUUGAUGAUAAGAGGAGGGGUUGAAUACAACUUAGGUAUUUUCAUAACUGGAGUCGAUAAGGAUUCCGUAGCAGAUAGAGCUGGACUUAUGGUUGGAGAUCAAAUCCUAGAGGUUAACGGUCAAUCGUUUAUGGACGUGACCCACGACGAAGCGGUUGCUCAGCUCAAGUAUCACAAGAGGAUGUCCUUGGUAGUGAGGGACGUCGGUAAAGUUCCUCAUUCGUGCACUGCCUAUGACAGAGAUUGGGACCUUUGCAGUCCUGGGAGUAGAGCUGCCGCAACAACUAGGAAAUGGGCUGCAGCCUUACAAAUGGUAGAGGAGAAGGCCAGGUGUCUCCUUUCUCGACCAGAAUUCACUUCCCUCUGUUAUUAUACAGACGAAUAUGCCGCUAAACAUAUGACCAUAGAUGCCUUUGUACAAGUUAUGACUGAACUACUUAACACAUCAGAAAAAAUCACUCUCAUGACAGAAUUGAGAGAAAUAGUCGCCGUAGAUGACCGUUCCAAAUUCGACGAAUUAGUAUACGGAAGGGAACCGGAGUCCUCGUCAAGGAUAAACCCCAGGGAUCCUAGAGAACACGAUUACCGUCACUCAAGGAGAAAAGGAAUGCCAAUACCUGAGGCCAAUCACACCAUCUUCCAGAGCUACUCAGAGGAUUAUGGUCCUGAAGUGGACGAAAAAAAUUAUAAUGAUGAUUUUCGUUCGCCCAGCGAGGAUUCGGGCCUGGGAUUGGGCAUGGCCGAUAGGUUGCCGAGACCUCGCCCAGCCAGUGCCACAGGCAAAACCUGUAACGAAGAUCACCACAAUCAGCCUUCAACAUUUCUUCCUCAGGAGUAUACUAGUGGUGAUGAAGACAACACUGGAGGGACCAGAAGUAGAAGACAUUCAAGUCCAGGUGAAUCUAGGACAGGAAGUACAACUGCCUUACAAGAAUAUCCUGAUUCCGACCAGAGCGGGUACCUAGGAGGACUACGCUCAAGCUUGGGCGGGUGGACACAGAAAGUGAAGUCUUGGUACUGGGUCAGACCUCUUGAACUGGCACACAAGCUGUCUCGUAGUUUCGACUUGAAGAGCGAGCAAGGCAUGAUCGAAGGAGGCGAGAUGAGAAGGCACCAGUCAAUGCAAAGAUUGUCCGGUACCGAGGCUCCAAGAGAACCUGCCAGGGUUGUCCUGGACGAAGAGGGAAACCUGAGAGUGACCGUCAGAAAGACGAAACCCAUUUUAGGUAUUGCCAUAGAGGGUGGAGCGAAUACCAAGCAUCCCUUGCCUAGGAUAAUAAAUAUCAAUGAAAAUGGCGCAGCGUAUUCAGCUGGUGGUCUCGAGGUGGGACAGCUCAUCCUCCAGGUGGACGGCACUCGGGUGGAAGGGCUGCAGCACCAGGACGUGGCCAGACUCAUAGCCGAGUCGUUCGCGAGAAGAGACAGGGAAGAUAUAGAGUUUUUGGUGGUGGAGGCCAAGAAGAGCAACAUGGAACCGAAACCCACUGCGCUGAUAUUCUUGGAAGCUUAGCAUUUGCUCAGCCUCCCCCCUAGCGACCCGCCAGGGCCGAUUAUCUAGUUCACCGACACCAAAAACGUCUUUCUACACUACUACAUAUCAUGUAAUAUAAUGAAGAAAUUUUCGCUGGGGCUUUCUUAACGUGGCAGCAAUGCGGAAAAUGCUCAGCUCUGUUCUAAUAGAUGUAGUAGGAAGUGCGUUCAUUCUGUCCAUAAAUCGUCGCGGUGUUACAGCUUUUUCUUCAGGUGUUCCGAAAUUAGCGAAAAAAAUUUGGAUAGGGAAUUAUUAUUUUUUGAAAUAAUAGUUUUACGGCUUGCAGACAAAUUUUCAACUCUGGAAAAAGUACCUCCCGGACGGGAUUCGAACCCGCAACCUCCGAUUCACUAGUCCGUCGCUCUACCAACUGAGCUAACGAGGAAAUUGAAUAUUUUCCGCAACGAGGAACCACUAAUCCCAGAAUUGAGUGUUAGUAGGUAAUAUCUUACGAAACUGUAUAACAAUUCGCAAGGAUUCUGAACUAGAUGUCAGUAAUCAAAUAACGUCAGUGAUCAUCCUAGUUUGAAGAGUUGAAAAUUUGUCUGCACGCCGUAAAACCAUUUUCUUAUAUUUAUCUCACACACGUUACAAUGUCUUUCGUAUUAUUUUUCAAUCGCUUCCAAAACGUCCUUCGAUGUUGUUCAAUGCCUAGUCGCUAUUGGUGUUUGUUUUCUAAGUCACCAUCGCGUAUAUCUCUUGAACUAAUGGUGUUUCUUCGUUCCUUCCAUCCAGGUUUUAUUGGUCGUUUCCGUCUUUUACCUUGAGGGAACCGUUCCAACUUUUUAUGAUAGUCUUGUUUCACAUUUUCAUACCAUCUCAUCUGCGAUGUUAAAAUUUCCUCUACUAAUGUUCUUUCUCUUCUCAUCUUGGUCCAGAUAAUCUCAUUUCAUAUUGCCUCUAACCUAGAUAUCCUCGCCGACCUCUUCAAUGCACCCAUUUCUGUUGCUAGCAGUCUCCUGUCAUUCUCUGUCAAUCUUCAAGUUUCAGCUACAUAGAA